AUGCGUAGCAUUUUGAAACAAAGGGAUACCAUGGAUCUAAUUAGGAACGAAUGGGAUCAACUUCUGAUUUCACACAGGUUUAAGGCGUCGGUUUUCUACAAGGUUCUGAUCGAUGACGGUACAAGAGUGCCUUGGAAAAACUUAAUUAGAUCCAAUAAGAGCCGAUCGCGAGAAGUUUUUUGUCUAUGGAAAGCUUCCCAUGGAAAACUUGCAACCAAGGAUAGAUUAAAGCGUUUUGGCAUGAUUCAAGAUAGUCGGUGCAGUUUAUGUCAUACCGAGGAAGAGACGAUGAACCAUCUAUUUUUCUGCUGUCAAGGAACAAGACACAUUUGGAAGAAAGUGCUCCAUUGGUUUAACAUAGUUCAUACUCCUCAACCUUGGGAUGUCGAGUUGAUUUGGAUAACUAACAUGACUAAAGGUAAAGGCUGGAAAGUGGAUAUUUUUAAAAUGCUAGUGGCUGAAUCCAUCCACUGCAUCUGGGGGUAUCGUAAUAGUGCUACUUUUGAUAAACCUGUAGAUAUUACAACCAUAGCUACUAACAUUAUAGAUAAUGUAACCUAUAGAGGGUGGCAAAACCUAAAAAUUAGGAAGCAUCUUGUUAGCUAUAUGAUGUAA